AUGCACCCUCUGGCUCGCACUGUCCCCAGGUUCCUUUUUGAAUCCGUCAACUCCUCCGCCCUUGCACGAACCUACCGAUUGUCGAAUCGGCCCUCAAUUCGACCCUCAAUCUGUGUACAAUGUAAAAUCCGCACUCAGAUCCGGCGCUAUGCCGACCCUCCAAAGCCAACAACCCCUCCGUCAUCCCAACCUUCUUCUGAAUCCGAAUCUUUGAGCGCAUCCCCAAUAGCAGAAGAUACUUCAACCGACCUUCCAUCCGCAGAAGACAACCGUCGAAGCGAUGUCACGAAACGCUUCUCCCAUGUUAUGGACCACCUCCAGGGCAACAUCUUCAUUGCCUCUCAGCGCAUCAAUGACCUCACAGGCUACUCCGGUAUCGAGGCCCUCAAAGUGCGCAUCACCGAGCUGGAGAAGCGAGUAGCAGAUGCCCAAGAACUCGUACGUUCUUCGCGAAACAUAUAUAAGGCCACAGUCGCAGACCGAGCCGCAACGCAACGCGAAGUGACUGGUUUAUUGGCAAGAAAGGAUACGUGGAAUCCCACAGAUCUGGAAAGAUUUACCUCUUUGUAUCGAAUGGACCACAGCAACGAGCAGGCAGUCCAGGAAUCCGCAACGAGGCUCGCGGACGCCGAACGUGAAGCCGAGACUGCGGCUAGUAAGCUGAGUUCUAGCAUUUUGAGUCGCUAUCACGAAGAGCAGAUUUGGAGUGAUAAAAUUAGACGCAUGAGUACAUGGGGAACCUGGGGAUUGAUGGGUGUUAACGUUCUGCUGUUUUUGGUGUUUCAAUUCGGAUUCGAGCCAUGGAGGCGGAGGAGGCUGGUCCAAGGAUUUGAGGAUAAGGUCAAGGAGGCUCUGGAAAAGGAGAAAUUGAUCCAUAUUGAGGAGCUUGAACGACAAAAAGCGGAAAGCGUCUCUCUUGACGGUGCCCUUGCCGCUGGAACUCAGGGACUAGAAGAACAGGGGGAUUCCAAAGCAUCACCAGAAUCAGCUGUGGAAGCUGUGGUGGCAUUGAUCGAGGGAGAGACACCUGAGGAGGUUUCUAACACGGAUUUUGAGGCUGUGGAGAAGCCCGCAAUACUUGAUAUUAAGAAGCCAGAAACUUGGAGACCGGCUGCGGAAGAUCUGUUCAGCAAAAGACCUGUACAGAUGCGAAAACAAGACGUCACAAUUGUUGCAUUAGAAGGCGCUGCAACAGGGGUGGUGUUAACUGCCAUCAUCGCCACUCUUCUCCGCCUAUCCUAG